AUGCGUGCUGUUUCGACCCUCUGCCUUCUCGUUUUGGCGCUCGGCUCGGCAACGGGUGCGCCGACAGGGGACUUGGCCACCGCUUCCCGCGCUGGCGUGGGUGCGGCCGCGGGCAGCCCGGCGGGAGCGGUCCACGGCAACGCGCCACUGCUCGUUCGGGCUCCGCUCGCAGCACCGGCGCCGGCGGCUUCGCGCGAGCAUCACCAACAGCAAGAGCGGGCUCAUGUCGUACAGAGGGACUCUGGUUCUCUCAAGGUCGCUGCAAGGGCAGCUACUACAACCUCUAGUUGCCACAAGGACUACUACAAAGCUCUGAGUAAGUGGGGGGUUACCUGUUCGGAGUCUCGCAGACCCCGAGAAGACCAGCCCGUCCCAAUUUGGAUCGAGACUGUGAACUCGAGGCUUGAGUCAAAUUGGAAGCACUCGCAGGACUUGCUCAUGACUGAAUCGACCUUUGUAACAUACAGAUGGAACCUGUAUCAAAUGUAUCACGGUCGACCCGCAUGCUAUGACCUGCAACUCGACGACGCCCUUGACUUGCUCGGACGGCCUCGUUCCCGAGGGGUACAAGUGCGUCGAAGCCACCGCCGAGAGAACGACCGACGGUACGACGGAUAGUUCUACCGUACAGACGACCGUCACUUGCCGAAAGGACCAAUACGCAUCUUCGAGUAAGUCGGGUCGGAUCGCGCGAAAGCGUUGUCGCUGAUCGAAGUUCGACUCAGCUUGACUCAGCCAAGGAGCUGCAUGGCUGACAAAGUGACAUUCUUUACUACUUAAAGGUGGUACAUGCAUCAAAUGUGUCACGAUCGACUCGCGCGCGUUGACCUGUACCUCCGCAGCGCCAUUGACGUGCUCUGACGGAUAUGUCGUGAGCGGAACGCGCUGCGUCGUGCCGACCGAAAGAAUUACAACGGCUGAGAGCGCCGAGCCGACUUCGACGGCCGCUUGUCGUAAGGACAUGUACAAAGCUGCUGGUGAGUGGUGCAUGACACUUCUUGCGUGCUGGAGACCUCGGCUUUCUCCCUAUGAUAAAAGCCAAGCUCAUGGCCUUUCCCGGUUCUUGCUCCGUCGCAUCCCAUCAGAUGGCUCAUGCAUCAAAUGCACCACUGUCGACAGCCGUGCGUUGACGUGCACAUCCAAGGCCGCGUUGACUUGUGCUUCGGGCUAUGGAGUCGAAGAUGGCAGAUGCGUCGAUGCGAGAUUGCUCACGACAAGCAAGAGGACCACGACGACCUCGACGACUCGAAGUACGACUAAGUCGACUACUCCCGUGGAUCGAAGAACGACGCCGGUGACGACAACAAUCAAGUCUACUACUACUCGAUCGACCACCACCAAGUCGACCACCACCAAGUUGACUACCACCAAGUCGACGACCAAAUCGACAACACCGAUCAGAACGACGACGACGACGAGCACGUCUACGGGUUUAAAUGCCAACCCUCAAGCCACCACGACGACGACGACGACGACGACGACGACGACGACGACGACGUCCUCGCCUUCACCUACGACUACUUCGAGGGUGACCACCACUUCGACUCGCUCCACCACAUCCACCAUAUCCGCCCCAACUACCACAUCCACCACGAAGAGCACAACCUCACCUCCGUACUACACCCGCACCGCCGCGGGGGUCGCGACCGUCGUUGCCACCGGUGUCGGCCCAGGAGCGAGCCAGAUUGUCAGUGGCAACGCUGGCGGCGGUCUCAGUUGGCAAGCAUCGGGUUUCCUUGCUCGAAAUGGCUGCCCGGUCAACGUCGCAAUCAACGUGAGCUCGUUUCUCCCCUCAGCAUCCCCGAAUAGCUUUUGCUGACAGAAAGCUUUCGUGCGCUUCUUACUCGUUAAAAGAACUGCUGGUCCAUGGUCUUGCAAUCCACCGCCAACCUUGCGACCACUAGGAAGCGUGGUCUCGUAGCGCAAGAAGAAAUUACCGGGAUCGAAGAGCGAUACGAGGAAGUCGGAGCGUUUGAGCCAUUCUACAAGCCCGAACCCACCUUCUACGAAGCCGACGCCAGGCCCUUGUGGGCCGGUGGAGCCGUCGACGUUAACGCUCAGAAUCUCUUUAGGCGAGCGAACCCGAGGGAGGUUCCCAAUCCUAAGGACUUUGGUUCUUCGCCCGGGGAGGGUGAAGGCGAAGGCGAGGGUGAUGGUGAUGGUGGUGAUGGCGACACGUCGCCGACGCCCAGCCCGACGCCCAGCCCGACGACUUCGCCGGAGCCUCCCACGACCAGCACCACUACGACCAGCACCACCACGACCAGCACCACUACAAUCAGUACCACCAGUACUAGUACCAAGACGACUACUAGUACCCGCACCCCUUCUAUCACCACCACCCAGACUCAACCUUCCACAACCAGUAAGUCAAUCCACAGGUGGCUGACUGCGCAACCCCCCUGCGGUUUCGAUGCUGACGUACUAUUCUCCCGGUUUUACUACUGCAGCAACAUCAUCCACAACAACAACUACGCCGACGCCGACGCCAACACCUCGUCAGCGUAUUGAGAUGUACUCUACUGCCGCUGCUGGCGGUAGGUCUUCCUCAUUUCCUAGCUCUUCCGUUAGAUUCUUUAUGCUGACAGUGCCUCGAUGACGCUUUCCAAACAGACACAACAUGGCAAUAUAAAUGGCGCUCGUUCGUCUCGACGCGUACCACGACAACGCGCACUUUCUUCCACUUGUGGCAAUUGCUCCGACGUGAUGCCAACGGUGGCGCCGUCAUCACUUUGGACGGCAAGAGUGGCUCCGCAGUGAUCUUCGACCCGAUUCGAGGCUGCGGCAACUCGUGCGGUUCGAUUCCCUGGUCCGAAUUCACCGGUCGUACGAUCCAACACAGCCUCCAAGUCACCUUCGGCAAUUCGGGCACCUUGUUCUACGUCAUGAGUGACGGUGUGACCGAUGAGGUCUUGUUGACCUAUUCUGCGACGGGACAGAUGGGCGCUCAGGCGUCGGUCAAGUUCGGACUGUACCGCGCUUAUGUGUCGGGAAUCUCGAUCGCCGAGGCUUGGGUUGGAGAUUUCAGUAUGAUCCAGAUCUUCGGAUAG